AUUACCAGUUACAAUAAAAAGAAAAGAUGAUGGAUCAUAUGAUUAUUCAAUGUCAUCAGGUGGGUUAGUAACAGCAUUACAAGGAUUAAAAAAAUCAACUGAAUUUCAAUGGUUAGGUUGGCCAGGUUUAGAAAUUCCAGAAAAUGAACAAAAAAAAGUUAACCAAGAUUUAAAUUCAAAAUUUAAUUGUACAGCAAUAUAUUUAAGUGAUACAAUAGCAGAUUUACAUUAUAAUGGAUUUUCAAAUUCUAUAUUAUGGCCAUUAUUUCAUUAUCAUCCUGGUGAAAUGAAUUUUGAUGAAAAUGCAUGGGCUGCAUAUAUUGAAGCAAAUAAAAAAUUUGCUUUAGAAAUUUCAAAACAAGUUGAAGAUAAUGAUAUGAUAUGGGUUCAUGAUUAUCAUUUAAUGCUUUUACCUGAAAUGUUAAGACAAGAAAUUGGUAAACUGAAAAAAAAUAUACGUAUUGGUUUUUUUUUACAUACUCCUUUUCCAAGUUCAGAAAUUUAUAGAAUAUUACCAGUUCAUUUUCAAAUUUUGAAAGUAAUAACUUUUCUUCUUUGCUAUGAUUGUUAUCUCUGA